AUGGUUGGGGUUGCGGCGGAGAAUGGGGAUCACGGCGGGGAAGAAGGAGGAGAAACUGCGCUACUCCUCAGUCAUGGGGCAGCGCCCAGGGACAGAUUGCAUCUGGCCUACAUCGUCUACUUCAUCCUCGGCGCCGGCUUCCUCGUCCCAUGGAAUACCUUCAUCACCGCAGUCGACUACUUCUCCUACCUGUACCCUGCAGUUCCCAUCGAUCGCGUCUUCUCCAUCUCCUACAUGAUCUGCGCCCUCAUCUUCCUCAUCAUCAUAGUCGGAUGGUGGGCUCACCGCUCCGGCGCCUCCAUCCGCAUCAACUCCGGCCUUGUCCUCUUCGUCGUCAGCCUCCUUCUCGUUCCUAUCGUCGACGUCGCCUACGUUAAGGGCCGCCAGGGCCUCUACACAGGCUACGAUAUCACUGUCGUCGCCGUCGUCCUCUCCGGGAUAGGCGACGCCCUCGUCCAGGGCGGUGUUAUCGGCUCCGCGGGAGAGCUCCCUGAGCGCUACAUGCAGGCUGUUGUCGCUGGAACUGCCGCCUCUGGUAAUUAGAUUAGCCAUCUUCACCAUGACUCACUUUGGCUGGGAUUGUGCUUCUUCACAUCGAUUCAUUAAAAUCUCCUUACUGGAAUUGUCAGUUUCAACUCUCCUUUUUUCUGCGCCGUCUCCCCCACGCAGAUCUGAUUCCUCAGUAACCGCAUGGUUAGUCGUCUCCUAUUCCGCGCAGUCUAGACAGCCUAAAGAAGCUUUUAUGGAGACGAAGAGAUAUCUUGCUGGACCCUAAACUUUAUGAUAAAAACAUUCUUGCUUGAAUUUUAGCUUUCACCUGAUAAGCUGAUUACAGUUUGUGGACGACAGGUAAGAAGACAGACUUACUUCUUCUCUCCGAUCGUUGGACCGCAACAAGAUCACCAACCUAUGCUGUACAAUCACUUCUUUAGGUGCUGGCAACGCCAACCCUUGAUUCCUUCCUUUUUCAUGUUUAUACAACUUUUUUCUCCAUUCAUUCUUAGUCUGUGAUCUUUCCCCCAUGAGGGGGGAAGUGAGCAGUCCGAGUCGGGGAUCCCUUUCCCAUGAUCACCUAGGCAAUUUCUGCUUAUUCUCGUCUGCCAGUUCCAGGGAAUUUAGUAUCCUCACUCCCGUUUUGGGUAUCAUUUUCUGUGUUCAUGACUCAAUCUUUUUGUCUGAAAUAAUGAACUGAACCGAUUCAAACCUUUUUUACCGAAGAAAAUAUACAGUAUGUGGCCCUUCCACCUCACGUUUUCCGAUUAUUGUUGUGGACAGUAAGAAUCUGUCGAUGCCCUCAUAAUUUUGUUCCCCUUUGGUCAGACGGAUCUCUUCACAAUCUUGUACACCUUCCUGCCUUAUAAUUGCCAUGCAGCUUUCCUGGAAGGGCUUUCAGUCCAGAUGAUGUGGGUCUUCUGUCACCCGUAAUAACUGUGUUGUGGUUCCUCACUCGAACUAUGUAUGUAUGUGUACUUCAGGACCCUUGACGAAACAAAACGGUCUCUGGUUUUGGUAUUCAAGAGGGUUUCUAGUUCCCUACUUCCAAUCAUCAUUAACUCGAGAAGUGGCAGGAUGAAGAUAAUAUAGACCCUAUUCAGGAUUAUUGAGAAUCAAAAGAUUUUUAAUUUAUCCGUCAGGGCUGUAAUUCUUGUGGAUCGCCAACAAACUUCCUCUUCAUUUCUUGACAUUUAUCUGCAACAUGGCUCGUUUAGGUUAUUUAGGGAAAAUAUUUUUUCCCAAUUAGUGAAUUGAUUAUCUAAUCCGUGGUGUCAAUCUAAGAAGGAUCGUGUUUGAAGUAAAUUAGGAGAUGUAGAUGGAAAAGAUUGGGUAGCUGUUGAUGGCAUCUUCUCCUGUAAAGGUCACAGAACUCUCUCUGUUUCACGAACAAAUGCAGUCCAGCCAUGGAAAAAGGAGUCCCUUGGAGACAAACCGAGCAAUAAAAAGAAGCAGAAAUUAUCUUCAAACUGUUAGCGCUUAAAUUAGAUGGCAUUCCAUUUUUCUCUGCUUCCGGUGGAUGGGUUCUUUCUUUCAUGACUCCAACUCCAGAUGAUCAAGAAGCUUUUUCAGGUCUGACCCCCGUGAAAUUCGCACACUCUUCUGUCCCAGGGGUUCUUAUCUCAUUCAUGAGGAUCCUCACCAAAGCCAUGUUCUCACAAGACUCCCACGGCCUGAGGAAGAGCGCCCACCUCUACUUCGCUGUCAGCAUCAUCCUCAUGGGGCUCUGCUUGGUCUGUUACAACUUGGCGGACCGGCUACCAGUCGUCCGCUACUACAAGGCCCUCAAGACCCAAGCGGAGGAAAACGAGAGAGAAGGGAAGGACUCCUCCCUCACCGGAGCCGCCUGGCGGUCAACCCUGUGGAGGAUCAUCAGCAGAGUCAAAUCGUUCGGCCUCGGCAUCUUCCUCAUCUACGCGGUGACCCUCUCCAUCUUCCCUGGCUAUCUCACUCAGGACGUGCAUUCAGCAACCCUCAAAGACUGGUACCCCGUCAUCCUUACCGCUGCCUACAAUGUGUUUGACCUGGUCGGCAAGUGCCUACCCGCCUUCUACAUGCUCCAGAACGAGGUAACCGCCAUUGCUGGCUGCGCAGCCAGGUUGCUCUUCUUCCCGCUCUUCCUGAUUUGUAUGCAUGGCCCUGAGUUCCUUCGCACGGAGAUACCUGUUGCGGUGUUGACCUGCCUGCUGGGCCUCACCAAUGGGUACCUGACCAGCGUGCUGAUGAUCCUAGCCCCCAAGUCCGUCCCCAUCCAGCACGCUGAGACCGCAGGGAUCGCCAUCGUCCUCUUCCUGGUCCUCGGCUUGGCCUGCGGCUCGGUCAUUACCUGGUUCUGGGUCAUUUGA